ACUCUUCUCCUUCUUUCUACUUCGUCAUUGUAGAGUGCGCGAGCGGGAGGAAAAAAGCCAUGCUUGCAAACCCUAGCGUCCAUGGCCGACCUCCUUUUUCUCCCUCUUUCUCUCUCUCCUACUCCUCAUGUAACUCUUGGCUUUUCCCUCUCGCCAGAGUACCCAGGCUUCAGCCUUUCUCUUCUCUUGGAGUCCUUAGAAUGAGGCGAAGGGUAUCCACCAUUAGGGCCUAUAUGGCCUCGGAGAGUCCAGCAGUAUGCGGUGAUGACGAUGAGCGUUUUGCCCCCCAGGCCAUCUCUGUCAAGAUUCCCAUCGGUGAUCGGCAUAUUUUGGUGGAGACUGGUCAUAUUGGGAGGCAAGCUAGUGCUUCUGUCACAGUAACUGAUGGUGAAACUAUUGUGUAUUCUUCAGUUUGUUUGGCUGAUGUUCCAAGUGAGCCUUCUGAUUUUUUCCCUCUCUCAGUAAAUUAUCAAGAGCGUCUUUCAGCUGCAGGCCGCACAAGUGGAGGGUUUUUCAAACGGGAAGGGAGAGCAAAGGAUCAUGAGGUGCUCAUAUGCAGAUUGAUAGAUAGACCGUUGCGUCCAACCAUGCCAAAGGGUUUCUACUAUGAAACACAACUAUUAUCAUGGGUUUUCAGCUAUGAUGGUCUACAUUCCCCUGAUUGCUUGGCUGUAACAGCUGCAGGCAUAGCAGUGGCUUUGUCAGAAGUGCCAAACACGAAAAUUAUUGCAGGAGUUAGAGUUGGGAUUGUUGGUGAUCGUUUUAUUGUUAACCCAACUACCGAAGAAAUGAAAGAGUCAGAAUUGGAUUUGAUAAUUGCAGGAACUGACAGUGCUAUUUUGAUGAUAGAGGGUUAUUGUAAUUUUCUUACGGAGGAAAGGUUGCUUCAAGCUGUAGAAGUUGGGCAGGCUGCUGUUCGGGGAAUUUGCAAGGAAGUGGAGCAAUUGGUGAGGAUGUGUGGAAAACCCAAAAUGACUGAAGCAAUCAAAUUACCUCCUGCUGAGCUUUAUAGGCAUGUUGAAGAUAUUUCUGGUGAUGAACUAGUGAGGGCAUUACAGAUAAGGAGAAAAAUACCACGGAGAAAGGCUCUUUCUGCAUUAGAAGAUAAGGUUUUAGCUGUACUUACUGAAAUUGGAUAUGUUGCUAAAGGUGAGGUUCAAGGAACAGCUGAUGUUUUGGUGGAUUUGUUGGAGGAUGAGGAUGAGGAUGAGGUUGUAGUUGUGGAUGGUGAAGUUGAUGAAGGUGAUGUUCAUAUAAAGCCUGUCUCUCGGAAGUCCACCCCCUUGUUAUUCUCUGAAGUGGACGUAAAGCUUGUUUUCAAGGAAGUUACAUCCAAAUUUUUACGUAAGCGGAUUGUGGAGGGUGGAAAACGAAGUGAUGGGCGGACACCUUUGGAGAUUCGACCAAUCAAUGCACAGUGUGGAUUACUUCCAAGAUCUCAUGGAAGUGCGCUUUUCACACGUGGAGAAACUCAGUCACUUGCAGUGGUUACUCUUGGAGAUAAGCAAAUGGCACAAAGAAUAGACAAUCUUGUGGAUACUGAGGAAUUGAAGAGAUUUUACCUGCAGUACUCAUUUCCACCUUCAUGUGUUGGAGAAGUUGGACGAAUGGGGGCACCCAGUAGAAGGGAGAUUGGUCAUGGAAUGCUUGCUGAGAGAGCUCUUGAACCUAUUUUGCCAUCUGAUGGGGAUUUUCCUUACACGAUUCGUGUUGAGAGUACUAUUACUGAAAGUAAUGGUUCAUCCAGUAUGGCAUCUGUUUGUGGAGGUUGCUUAGCACUUUUAGAUGCUGGAGUCCCUGUGAAGCGCUCUGUUGCUGGCAUAGCAAUGGGUAUGGUCUUAGACACGAAAGAAUUUGGAGGAGAUGGGACUCCACUUAUUCUUUCUGAUAUUAGUGGAUCUGAAGAUGCUUCUGGAGACAUGGACCUUAAGAUCGCUGGUGAUGAGAAUGGCAUAACUGCUUUCCAAAUGGACAUCAAGAUUGGUGGAAUUACGCUGCCAGUUAUGCAGCAAGCUCUUUUACAAGCAAGAGAUGGAAGAAGGCAUGUUCUUCAUGAAAUGUCCAAGUGCUCACCACCACCUUCAAAGAAGCUCUCUAUGUAUGCUCCGCUUAUCCAUGUCAUGAAGGUCAAACCAGAGAAGGUGAAUGCAAUAAUUGGUUCUGGUGGAAAGAAAGUGAAAAGCAUUAUUGAGGAAACUGGAGUAGACUCCAUUGAAACUCAAGAUGAUGGGAUAGUUAAGAUUACUGCAAAGGACUUGUCAAGCAUUGAGAAGUCAAAAGCAAUCAUUGCAAAUCUGACAAUGGUUCCAACCGUUGGUGAUAUUUAUAGGAACUGUGAGAUCAAAUCAAUUGCAACUUAUGGAGUUUUUGUUGAGAUUGCACCAGGGCGUGAGGGACUCUGUCAUAUUAGUGAGCUGAGUUCAGAUUUUGUGGCAAAAGCAGAUGAUGUGUUUAAAGUUGGAGAUCGCUUGGAUGUAAAACUUAUUGAGAUAAAUGAAAAGGGUCACUUACGACUGAGUCGCCGGGCUCUGCUUCCUGAUUCUGAGAAAACAAGUCCCAAUCAACAAGACAGUAACUCUACAGAAGAGAGUACUCCAUCAGGUGAUGUCCCUGCAGAGCAGGAUCCUAAGAACAAGGCCCCAUCCUCUAGAAGAAAAGUUUCCUGCAGCACAAGCUGAUAAAAACAAGGAGAAGGCUAGUAAAAGAGCAGAUAGCUCUGCUAGAACUGGUCCCUAUAUCAACAAAGACAAAGAGAAGAAAAGCAGUAGCAAAGCAGUUCCUGAGGUGGUUGUUUCAAAAGAUGGAGCCCAGAUGGUUAAUGGAGAAGCAAAAAUUGGGUGACAUGCCCUUCCAUUUUGUGAUGAAAACCGAACUAAUUCAAGUUCCAACAUCUGAUGCAGAAGACAAUACAGGAUCUCUUUGAACUAACCAGAAAUCCAGAAAUCAAACCCUGCCCCUCACUCAGAUUAUUGAAGUCACAUGGAAGAGCACAAAGUAGGCAUCCGUGGAGAGUUUGGAGGAGCUCAUUGAGCUUUGGUGGUGCCAUUUCUUCAGAUCAUUUUUAUUGAUUUUGUUAUACUGUCUUGUUUCUUUGGUGGUGUUAUCUAGAAAUCAAAGGCGAAAUAUAUGUUGUUAUUAGGCUAGUAUUUAAUUUAAUCUUGCUUUUUGUAGUUUUUCAUACUAUAUAUUUUUGUUGGUUUCGUAUUAUAUUUGAUGGUUGAUGGAAGUAGUAGUGAACUAUA